AUGGCUUCUCCCGAAAACCGCAGUCCUCCCGAGAAAGCCGUUCUAGAGCUAGAGGGCUUAUCCAUCCUCGUCAGCGUCUUUCAGUUGUCUUUUCAAGUCUCCUCGACCUAUUCACCCAUGGCUACCCACGGUGACCCUUCUUCCUUCCGCGCUGUGUUAGCAACCUGCGCGUUAUGGCCUCGAAAUGCCUCAAGGCUGGUACAUUUUCUCUCGUCUUCUGGCAAGUUCAUUCGUUGUGCCCACACGAGGAUGGUACAACCUGAGGAAUAUUGGUCUCAGUAG